UCUUUCCUCUUUGGAGCUUGGGUUCUUUCUGCUUUUGUGGACUUGCUGCUGACAGAAGCUCUUCGCUUCACGUUUGAACUUAAGGUGGAUGUUCUUCCAGCUGGAUUGCUGGGUCCAGUCUUUGCUCUGUUUGUGCCUUUCUACCGCUCCAUCCCACGAGUUCAUGUGACUCAGCUGCUCGGCCACUUCUCAAUCACAAACAAGUCUUUGACUUACAUCGUGGGUGCACAGCUCUUGACCUCAAGUGCCUACAUGUGGGUUGUUGCUUGUAGUGGACUGAUCGCAGGCAUGUUGUAUUACAGUAAUAAGUUGGCGGUCCAGAAGUUCUUGCGUGUGCCUGGAUGGGCAGCUAGAUGUGGUUCAGUGAUUCUGGAGCCAAUCUUCUCCGAUUCUGAGCCCACGGCAGAGGCCCCGCUGGGGAUGGGGGCUACUUUGGAUAUCCAGAGACAGCAGAGGAUGGAUAUGCUGGAUCAGCAACUGCUCCUUUCUCAGCUGGCACACUUGAGAAGAAAUGCACAGCAACAGCAGGCUCAGACUGGGCUCCUGAACUGGAACAGAUUCUUCCCCACUCUGAGGCACAGAGGACAAAACCGGCCCCAUGAGGGGCCACAGCAGCCCUCCUAUACUCAACCAACAGAGAACCCAGCAGUGACAGAGGAACAGGUUGCAAGAUUAAUGGAGAUGGGUUUCUCAAGGAUGGAUGCCCAAGAAGCACUCAGAGCAUCUAAUAAUGACAUUAACAUCGCAACAAACUUCUUGCUUCAGCACUAAGACAAAAUAAAUUGAAGAUGACAUGGAAGUCAAGGAGAAUGACUUUUUUAACUUAUUUCUAUAAAAUCACUAAGUUGAAAAUACUUAAGAACUCUACUUUGGUGUCAUCACUACACUAACUGGAAUGCACUGGGACACAACUUACAGGAGCUGAUGAUAUCACGUCCUGUCUGGCUGCCUCUUGACCAGGAAGUGUAGCACUCCUGCUGCAGUGUUUUCAGUACUAUUAGUAGUUGACUUGUACGCACUGGAUAGAGUCAACCUGGUGGACAACAUACUUUGUGUCUCAGGGCUUGUGCCAUUUGUCAAUGUCCUUGAACUUACUUCUAAUUAAGCAUACUAUAAUCUCUGCAUAAAUUAUUAAACCACAUGUUGUUUUGCUUUAUAUAAGCUAAGUAGAUUAAGUCUUAGUUUGCCCAAAAUAAUUGACUUGCCCUCCUUGUUGUUCCAAAACUGUGGUGUUUUUGGUCUUCCAUGGAACACAAAUAAGAUGUUUAGCAGAAUGCCUUGCCUGCUGGUUUCAUAUAGAGUUAAAAA